AUGCAUGUCAUUCAUACCCUCGUCUUACAACGUCCUCCUGUUUCUCGUGACCGUCAUGCUACUGAAACGUUCCAGUGCGGUGGUUCUACGGUCAAGGCUUACGACAUGUCGAUGCUUUCGACAAACACGGCAACUGACUCGAGCCAGCCUACUGUUCAUGCUAGAGCAGCUCCACCUGGUGCAUCUAUGACCGACGAAGGAAAAGAAGAGAGAGGCCUAGUUGACAAGGUCAAGUCUCUUGUUUCGGGAUUCAGGAAAAGUACGAGCGAGAAAGUUGAAAUUGAUACAGCAGACGUAAAUCGAGUGCAAGAGAAGCAGGAAGCCGCCACGAGCAUGCUAGAAGCCGGCGGGGGAAUGAAGUAG